AUGCUCAGGAAGUUGCACCAGUUGUCAGUUAUUGCCAUCCUAGAACCAUUCUCUGACAGUAUUAACAUUCAAAGCUUCAAAGUGCAACUGAACAUGGAUAAUGCCACUAGUAAUUGUAAUAGUAAGAUUUGGGUUUUUUGGAACAGUGAUAUUGACUGUAAUAUUCUUGAUGAAGAUGAACAGCAAAUCACUUGUGACAUGAAACACAAUGAGUUACAAUAUCAAUAUACUAGUACAUUCAUCUAUGCUAAGUGCAAAGAUGAUCUAAGGAGACCCUUAUGGGAUAAACUACUACAUCAUGCCUCAGUUAAUACCAAUCCUUGGUGUGCUGUGGGGGAUUAUAAUGUUAUAUCUGAUGUGGGGGAAAAACUUGGAGGUCUUCCUUACAACAUGAAGAAGAGUUUGGAUUUCAUUGCGGUCAUCGAAGCCUGUGGUCUUGUAGACAUAGGGUUCAGUGGCCAUAGAUUUACUUGGUCAAAUAAGAGGGGCAUUAACCACAGAAUUUGGAAGAGACUUGACAGGGCCUUGGUUAAUGAUUUAUGGUUAGAAAAUAUGCCUCAAACAACCAUAACUCAUUUAUCAACUACGGGGUCUGAUCAUUGUCCUUUACUAAUGGAAAUGGUAUCCACUGAAGCCGACCACAUUAAAUAUUUCAGAUUCCUUAACUGUUGGGUUGAUAAUCCCAACUUCAUGCUUACUGUUAAAAAUUGCUGGGAUAGACCUGUGGAAGGUAAUGCUAUGUGGAAGUUUCAUCAGAAAUUGAAAAGAUUAUCAAAUACACUUAGUGUUUGGUCUAGAAAUGAAUUUGGGGAUAUUUUUCAAAAGGUUAGGAUGUAUGAGGAACAAGUGCAUGAAGCGGAAGAAAACUACAUCUUAGACCAAACUGAAUCAAAUAGGUGUACUCUCCAUGAACUCAAUGCGCAAUAUAUCAAAUUCCUCAAGCUUGAGGACACUAUCUUGAAACAGAAAACUCAGCUUCAAUGGUUUAAAGAUGGCGAUACCAAAUCCAAAUACUUUCAUUCCAUUAUAAGGGGAAGGAGGAGGAAACUAUUCAUUCACAAAAUUGUCACAGAAAAUGGGGAUUGGAUUCAGGGUGAGAACAAUAUUGCUCAGGAGGCUUGUGAUCAUUUCAAUAACAUCUUCACAGGAGAAGAUAAGUAUAUUAAUGAGCAUAAUCUGGAAUGCAUUCCAAGAAUGGUCAAUCAGGAUCAAAACACUCAGCUUACAAAAUUACCCGAUUUGGAUGAGCUUAAAGAGGUAGUAUCUUCCAUGAAUCCUAACUCUGCAGCUGGUCCUGAUGGUAUGAAUGGGUAUUUCUUUCAAAAAUGCUGGAACAUUAUCAAGAAUGAUUUGGUAGAAGUUCUUCAUGCUUUUUUCAGUGGCCAAAUGAUUCCUAAGUACUUCUCUCAUUCUUGUAUUGUUUUGCUCCCUAAGGUGAAUAAUCCAAACAAACUUACGGAAUUUAGGCCGAUAAGUCUGAGUAACUUCACUAGUAAGAUUAUAUCUAAACUGGUAAGUAACAGACUUAGCCCUAUCCUUCCGUCCUUGAUUUCUACAAAUCAGUCUGGUUUUGUGAAAGGAAGAAGUAUCUCGGAAAAUAUCAUGCUCGCUCAGGAAAUCAUUCGCCAAAUCAAAAAACCCAACAUUGGAAGUAAUGUUAUUAUUAAAUUAGACAUGGCAAAAGCUUAUGACAGGGUCUCUUGGUCAUAUAUUUGCUUAGUUCUAAGGAAGAUGGGUUUUAAUGAGGUGUUUAUUGAUAUGAUCUGGAGAAUCAUGGCCAACAAUUGGUACUCUAUUAUUGUCAACGGCAAAAGGCAUGGUUUCUUCCGCUCUACUAGAGGUCUCAAACAAGGUGAUCCUCUCUCCCCGGCCUUAUUUAUUUUAGGUGCCGAGGUUUUAUCAAGGUCACUCAACAGGCUUCACAAUCACCCGGACUAUCAAGGUUUCAUCAUGGAAAAGAGGGGGCCUCAAGUGAAUCAUCUAAGUUUUGCGGAUGACAUUAUUCUUUUCACUUCCGGAAGAUGCAAAACCUUGAAACUCCUUAUGAAUACUUUGAGGGAGUAUGAAAAGAUUUCGGGGCAACUUAUCAAUGGAGACAAAAGCCAUUUCAUGCUACACUCUAGUGCUUUCAAUAGCACUAGGGAUAGAAUUAAAAGGCUGACUGGUUUUAAACAGAAACAGGGCCCUAUCACUUACCUAGGCUGCCCUUUAUUUGUUGGCAGGCCUAGGAAUGUUUAUUUUUCUGAUCUUGUUAACAAAGUCGUUUCCAGAAUUACAGGUUGGCAAACAAAGCAACUUAGUUAUGGUGGAAAAGCUGUACUCUCCAAACAUGUUCUUCAGGCAUUGCCUAUACAUCUCUUAUCAGCAGUAACCCCCCCUACUACUAUCAUCAGACAGAUCCAAAUGCUUAUUGCAGACUUCUUCUGGGGAUGGAAAAAUGAUAGGAAAAAAUACCAUUGGUCCUCUUGGAAAAAUUUGAGUUACCCGUAUGAGGAAGGGGGGAUAGGGAUGAGGAACUUACAAGAUGUUUGUAAAUCAUUCCAAUUCAAGCAAUGGUGGAUAUUCAGAACCAAGCAAACCUUGUGGGGAGAUUUCUUGAAAGCUAAAUAUUGUCAAAGAUCAAAUCCGGUAAGUAAAAAAUGGGCCAAUGGAGAGUCUUUAACUUGGAAACAUAUGCUAGCUACGAGACAACAGGUGGAGCAGCACAUUCAAUGGAGACUUCAAGCCGGGAAUUGUUCCUUUUGGUGGGACAAUUGGCUUGGCAUAGGGCCAUUAGCACACCAUACCAGCAGCAGCAACAGGCUCAACAAUACCACAGUGGCAGAAUUCUGGGAAAAUGGAGAAUGGAACUGGAAUAAAUUAGUGGAGUAUGCACCAGUCAACCACCUAGCUAGUAUACUGGCCAUAGAGAUCCCUCACCAACAACACUUGCCAGACCAAGCUGUUUGGACACUCAACAGCCAUGGUAAUUUCAGUUGUGCUACUGCGUGGGAGCAAAUCAGGGAAAAAAAGGCUAAGAACAUUUUCAACUCUUUUUUAUGGCACAAAGCCAUUCCUUUUAAGUCUUCUUUUCUUCUUUGGAGAACCUUAAAAGGUAAACUUCCUACAAAUGAAAAGUUAACUAACUUUGGCAUUGAGCCAUCACCCUGUUUUUGUUGUUUUGGCAGAAUUGGCAUGGACAGCAUUGAUCACACCUUCAAUUCAGGAUCCUUUGCAGCUACAGUAUGGAAAUUCUUUGCAGCAACAGCAGGACUGCAGACUGAGCAAUCAUCACUGCAAGCGAGGGUGAAACAAUGGUGGACAGCAAAGCCACGAAAUGCAGGCCACCAACUACUGCUGCAAGCCACGCCAAUCUUUAUUUGCUGGAACUUAUGGAAGAACAGGUGCGCAUGUAAAUACGGAGGGAAAGUUACUAAUAUCAGUCGCGUCAAAUAUGCAAUCUACAAGGAUACAUACAAGAUGUUGAAAAAUGCCUUCCCCCAUAUUGAAUGGCCUGCAAGCUGGACAGCACUAAUCCAAACAAGUGAACAGUGUAAACAUAUCAUCAAAGUGUACAUGGUGGCAUGGAAUAGACCUCCCGAACAAUGGAUCAAGAUCAAUACAGAUGGAAGCGCUCUCACUAACCCGGGGAGGAUUGGGGCUGGAGGUAUUCUCAGAGACCAAGAAGGCAAAUUGGUGAUGGCAUUUGCAACACCUCUUGGAGAAGGUUCGAACAACAAAGCUGAAACUGAAGCUGCUCUAUUUGGACUGUCUUGGGCGCUGGACUUAGGCUACAGAAAUAUACAAAUUGAGUUGGAUUCUCUGUUGGUGGUACAAUGGAUCACCAAGAAAACAGCCCCUCAUUGGACGGUUGACAAUCAAAUUCAGAAAAUUCAGCAACUUAGCUUGCAAACGCAGAAUUUCAAAUGCUCUCAUAUCUACAGAGAAGCAAACUGUGUAGCAGAUUCCCUCUCAAAACACAGCCACAGCACAACAACCCCUCAAGUCUAUUUCAACACCAAUCAACUACCCAAAGAAGCACAAGCAUACUACCAAAUGGACCUCCUCAACAUGCCAAGCUUUAGAAGAAAGAAGACUAAGAAGAUUUUUGAUCCUCCAUGA